AUGGCGGUCUUCGCGAUCAGCACGACUGGCAUGCAGGGCGCCCUCGGGAUCGAUGCCCAGUUGCUCCAGAUUGCCGCAGACGCAGAGGAAAAUCCGAGCAGGGCCUUGCUGAGCAGGCGCGUCGCGUUCACGAUCGAGCUCGAGAUCCGGGGGACCAACAAUGGGUUCCCUGGCCAGCUGUCGAUUGCGAACGGCCUGAUGUCUGAUCUGGAGGCGGAGGCGCAGGCCCACAUACGAGCUUGGGACAAUACGUUCAGCUCGGCAACGGUGUCUGGCGGCGCCGCUACGGUGAUGGCGUCUCCCGAGAAUGGCAUUAACCGGGUCUUCGCAUUGCUCCCAGUCACCGGAAUGCCGUAUUUUGCCAUGAUUUCCAGGUCUGAUUUGCAAGCCGACCUCUUGAAUGCCUUCGAGGGCUUGUGGAGGGGCGAGGCAAGGCCUCACCAGUUGUUCAUCAGGCAGGGUAACACGCAAGACACGGCAAUCAACAGCGAUCAGGCAGUGACUGGCAAAGGUCUGGAGCUCCACUCCCGGCGGCCCGCGGUGGCCUCGUUCGCCAUCACCCAGGCGAUCAGCACGACUGGCAUGCAGGGCGCCCUCGGGAUCGAUGCCCAGUUGCUCCAGAUUGCCGCAGACGCAGAGGAAAAUCCGAGCAGGGCCUUGCUGAGCAGGCGCGUCGCGUUCACGAUCGAGCUCGAGAUCCGGGGGACCAACAAUGGGUUCCCUGGCCAGCUGUCGAUUGCGAACGGCCUGAUGUCUGAUCUGGAGGCGGAGGCGCAGGCCCACAUACGAGCUUGGGACAAUACGUUCAGCUCGGCAACGGUGUCUGGCGGCGCCGCUACGGUGAUGGCGUCUCCCGAGAAUGGCAUUAACCGGGUCUUCGCAUUGCUCCCAGUCACCGGAAUGCCGUAUUUUGCCAUGAUUUCCAGGUCUGAUUUGCAAGCCGACCUCUUGAAUGCCUUCGAGGGCUUGUGGAGGGGCGAGGCAAGGCCUCACCAGUUGUUCAUCAGGCAGGGUAACACGCAAGACACGGCAAUCAACAGCGAUCAGGCAGUGACUGGCAAAGGUCUGGAGCUCCACUCCCGGCGGCCCGCGGUGGCCUCGUUCGCCAUCACCCAGGCGAUCAGCACGACUGGCAUGCAGGGCGCCCUCGGGAUCGAUGCCCAGUUGCUCCAGAUUGCCGCAGACGCAGAGGAAAAUCCGAGCAGGGCCUUGCUGAGCAGGCGCGUUGCGUUCACGAUCGAGCUCGAGAUCCGGGGGACCAACAAUGGGUUCCCUGGCCAGCUGUCGAUUGCGAACGGCCUGAUGUCUGAUCUGGAGGCGGAGGCGCAGGCCCACAUACGAGCUUGGGACAAUACGUUCAGCUCGGCAACGGUGUCUGGCGGCGCCGCUACGGUGAUGGCGUCUCCCGAGAAUGGCAUUAACCGGGUCUUCGCAUUGCUCCCAGUCACCGGAAUGCCGUAUUUUGCCAUGAUUUCCAGGUAUGAUUUGCAAGCCGACCUCUUGAAUGCCUUCGAGGGCUUGUGGAGGGGCGAGGCAAGGCCUCACCAGUUGUUCAUCAGGCAGGGUAACACGCAAGACACGGCAAUCAACAGCGAUCAGGCAGUGACUGGCAAAGGAGACCCCCACUUGGUCAACAUGCUCGGGCAGCGCUUCGACCUCUACCAGCCGGGCAUCCACGUGCUCCUCCAGGUCCCCCGGCGCGCGAAGCCGCAGGACAGCCUGCUGCGGGUGGAGGCCGACGCGCGGCGCAUGGGCGCGGCGUGCGCAGACCUGUACUUUCGGGUCUUGAACUUCACGGGCAGCUUGUCCAACCAGACCGCGGGAUUCCAGUACUUCGCGGACAAGGAGCUCGGCAGCCGAGAUUGGAGGAAGUUCGGCGCCGUGGACCUCAAGGUGGUUCGCGGCAGCACCCUGUCAGGCAUAGCGUACCUCAACGUGUUCGCGAGGCACCUCGGCAGCUUGGCGUACCCCGUCGGCGGCCUGUUGGGGGAGGACGACCACACCGCGGCGGCAACUGCUGGCCCCGAGUGCAGCACAGGUCUGGAUCUCCACUCCCGGCGGCCCGCGGUGGCCUCGUUCGCCAUCACACAGGGCGCGAAGACAGCCGCGCACCGCUGGGACGCCAGAGCGCGAAGCUGGGUGGCCUGGGUGGCCCUGGGGAGUCUCCCAGGCCGCAGCACCGACAGCAUCCAGCUGCACAUCGCCAACGCCAAGGGCGAGAGGUUCAAGAAGUACCUCCAGCAGCACGGCCUCGCGCCCGGUGUCCGCGUGAAGUUCGUGGUGGACUUCGAGGAGAACCGGGGGAGGCCGUACGCGGCCGAGUGGGAGAUGUGCGAGCCCCCGAAGUUCAGCGACAGCAGCGCGAGCCGCAGCCGCGGGCGCGGCGGCGGACGCAGGUCGCCCAGCCGCAGGAGGAGGUCGCCCAGCCGCAGAGGGCGCUCGGCUGGCCGUCGGCGCUCGCCGUCCCCCGCGGGUCGCCGCGCUUCGCCGAGCCCGCAGAGGAAGAGGGCCGGUUCGCGCAGCCGCAGCGGGGACGGCAAGAAGGGCGCGGGCAAGAGGUCCCCGAGCAGGAGCAGGAGCAGAAGCGCGAAGAAGGGCGACAGGAAGGGCGCGGGCAAGAAGUCUCCCAGCAGAAGCAGGAGCCGAGCCGACGAGAAGAAGGGCGCAGGCAGGAAGGCGCCCAGCAGAAGCAGAAGCAGAAGCGGAGGCGGGAAGAAGGACGGCAAGAAAAGCGCAGGCAAGAAGUCGCCCAGCAGAAGCAGAAGCCAAAGCGGAGGCGGGAAGAAGGACGUCAAGAAGAGCGCAGGUAAGAAGUCGCCCAGCAGAAGCAGGAGCGGAGCUGGCGGCGGCGGGAAGAAGGACGUCAAAAAGAGCACAGGUAAGAAGUCGCCCAGCAGAAGCAGAAGCAGAAGUAGAGGCAAGAAGAAGCGGGCGCGGUCUGGCAGCAGCUCGUGAGAGCCGGUGCGGCUGGCGCGGCCGCGCCACGAGUGCAGGCCGCCCAGGUGGGGCUGGCGUGCCCCAGGGCAUCAGCUGGAGGAGGGGG